AUGCCUUCCAUCAAGAGCACCAUCACCUUCCUGCUAAGCCAGGCUCUCCUGGCAACAGCCACUCCAGUGGACCUCGAGAAGCGCCAGUGUCCUGGCAUCCACGUCUUUGGAGCUCGAGAAACCACAGCACCGCCAGGAUACGGCUCCUCUGCCACAGUUGUGAAUCUCAUCGUCAACGCUCAUCCAGGCACAACCUCCGAGGCCAUUAACUACCCAGCCUGUGGUGGUCAGGCCUCAUGCGGCGGUAUCAGCUACGCCAAUUCCGUAGUUGCUGGCAUUAAUGCCGUGGUCCAGGCAGUCACCAACUUCCAUAAUCAAUGCCCUAGCACCAAGCUCGUCUUGGUUGGCUACUCACAGGGAGGUCAAAUCAUGGACGACGCUCUUUGUGGAGGAGGUGACCCGGCUGAGGGCUAUCCCAACACUGCUGUUCCUCUACCAGCUGCCGCCGUCAGCGCUAUCCGAGCCGCCAUCUUUAUGGGCGACCCUCGCUACGUCCACGGAUUGGCGUACAACGUUGGAACUUGCCAGGCCCAGGGUUUUGCUCCCCGCCCCGUUGGAUUCGUUUGCCCCAGCGGCAGCAAGAUCAAGUCGUACUGCGAUGCUUCAGACCCGUACUGCUGCAACGGAAACAACGCAAACACUCACCAGGGUUAUGGUCAAGAGUAUGGCCAGCAAGCUCUUGCCUUUGUCAACAGCCUUCUUGGGUAA